UGUAUUUCCAGUCAGCCAUGAUGUCAGUACAGACCCCUCCUCUCUCCCGUUCUGGCUCCUCACCCUCUAAUGUGGGUCUGGCCAAUCGCAGUGGCCCCUCCACCACCCCUCCUAACUCCCUCAGCCUUCGCUCAUCAUACAACCAGCUGCUUGGGCGAGAUGUCAUCAAGGAGUCCAUGGAAACCGGAAGUUCGGCCACUUUGCCAAAGAGCCGUCAAAGGUACGCAAUGACCAGUGUGCGGAGCGCCAUGGGGAUAAGUGACAACUUAGCUUUGCCCUCUAAAAACCAACCUGUAACCAGAGGGAGGGGCCUCCCCACCAAGUCCUCCUCCAGUUCUGCCCUCUACUCCUCCUCGUCCUCCUCCUCACUAUUUAAUACAACCAACCCCAAACUGGCCAAGAAUGGGGCCAACAUGCAGAGGCGGGCUGAAAGUCAGCAGCUGGAGCUGAGCAGGGCCAAUACAGAGGGCAAAAUUCACAACGAUCUCAUCAAUAACCCCAGUUCUGACUGGCUAGAAUCUGGAAAAGACAACUCACAGCUGCCCCCGUUCCGUAGACGGACCAAGAGCUUUUUGGAGUACCAUGAGAAGGGCUGGGAUCUGGACCUCAGUUGGGGAAACAAAGAGGACAAGGAGGAGAAGAAGCAGCAGUCUUCCCCAGAAAAGGAGCAGGCCAGCCCUGCCAAAGAGAGGGAGAGUCAGAAGGAGGAGAAGCCCAGCGGCAAGCAGACCUGCCAGGAAGAGAAGGAAGAGGUGGAGCCAGUGGUGGAGGAGGAGGAAGAGGAAGAUGACCCCACACCGACACCAAGGCAGCCCCUGCUACCAGUGGUUGUUGAAGCCCCUCUUUCCUCCACCUCCUCCUCUUCCACAAAUAGCCCAGAGUGGGUCCCAAACAACCAGAACCAGGCUCCAGCCCAGGUCAGACAGGAGCUCUGUGCCCAGGUUCAGGCUAGUCCACGUAGUCCUGCAAAGCCCCCUCGGAGCUCUCAGCCCCGGGUGAUCAAGGUGGAGCUGCACCCCAACAAUGAGAACCAGUUCCUUCAGCAGUACCCACCUUCUUCCCCUAAACAGGCUCGGGCUACAGAUAAGAACACUCCUAUCAGGAGCCGGGCACCCCCUUCCCUGCCAGAUCCUGAACAGGAGACUGGGCUCCCUAAAGUGGGCUUAAGAAUGGAUCUGACUCCUGACACUCCAUCAGAGGAUGAGGACUCCAGCUGGACCACCUUGUCCCAGGAGACACCCUCUCCUCAGACUCCACAGGACACAGCAGAUGUGUGGGGUGAUGGAGACCUGCCCCCAGGCUGGCGGGAGAUCUCAGACUCAUCAGAGGUCUAUUUCUGGCACAUCCCCACUGGCACAACACAGUACCACCGACCUGUUGCCUCUGGCAACCAACACACAUCUCCCAACAUUGAGCCAGACACUGAGCAUGACCCACAACAGGAAACGCAGGACUCCCUCAAGCCACCCAACGAGCGCCCCAGCAGUCUGAUAUCUGACAGCUCGGUGGAGCCGGUCCCCUCGCCUUCUGGCUCCGCCCCCUCCUCCUCGUCCCGCUCUACCCCCUCCACUGAUGUCACCUCUUGUGAACCAAAUCUCAAUAUCACCACCUGCGCAGCCAAUGAGCUGAAGGACUAUCCAGUCUAUCCAGAUCCGAGUCUAAAGGCGUUUGAAGGAGCUACCCUCCGCUAUGCAUCACUUAACCUCAACCCCCCAGCCCAGCUAGAGACAGUGGACCUCAAUACCUUCUCCGAUCCAGAGGCAAUGUCAUUCCCAGUGCGAUCUUUGGGCUGGGUAGAGAUGGCAGAACAGGACCUGUGUGAGGGGAGGAGCAGUGUGGCCGUCCACCACUGUAUCAGACAGCUGUCCUACUGCAGGAGGGACAUACGAGACUCCGCCGGUGUCUGGGGAGAGGGUAAAGGGAUGCUGUUAGUGCUUCAGGAUCGCAUGUUGACCCUGGUUGACCCAGAUGAUCGCAGCCUGCUCCACUCUCAGCCAAUUAGCAGCAUCCGUGUCUGGGGCGUCGGCCGAGACCACGACAGAGAAAGAGACUUUGCCUAUGUGGCGAGAGACAAAAACACACGGGUGCUGAAGUGCCACGUGUUCCGAUGUGAUACCCCUGCCGCAGCCAUCGCCACGAGUCUCCACGAAAUCUGCUCCAAGAUUAUGGCUGAAAGGAAAAGUGCCAAGGCUGCAGCUGGCAGCUCCUCCCAGAACGGCUCCGAUGUACCCCUACAAGAGUUUCCCAUGCCAAAGACGGAGUUGGUGCAGAAGUUCCAUGUGCUGUAUCUGGGUAUGACAUCUGUGUCUCGCCCCAUAGGUAUGGACAUCAUAAAUGGGGCCAUAGACACCCUCAUAUCCACCACAGGCAAAGAGGACUGGACUCCUGUGAUACUGAGUAUUGCGGACACAACUCUGGCCGUCAUCAAAGAAAAGGAAGAGGAAGAGGAGGCGUUGGUGGAGUGCCGUGUCCGUUUCUUGUCCUUCAUGGGCGUGGGACGGGAUGUGCACACGUUUGCCUUCAUUAUGGACACUGGAAGCCAGCAUUUCCAGUGUCAUGUAUUCUGGUGCGACCCCAACGCAGGCAGUGUGUCUGAGGCUGUGCAGGCAGCGUGUGUGCUGCGGUAUCAGAAGUGUCUGGUGGCACGGCCACCCUCCCAGCGCGCUGGCUCCUCCACCUCACCCUCUCCAGACUCGGUGACCCGCCGGGUGACCACCAGCGUGAAACGUGGCGUCCAGUCUCUCAUAGACACUCUGAAAACCAAGAAACAGCCGUCAGAACUCCCCCAGCAAUGACCGUCACCAGUGACCACAGCACCCCCCAACACACAACCAACCCCCCCCCCCCCAGCCGAUGCCUGGAUGCCACUCACUUUCGACACGUCAACACGUAAUAAUAAGUACCAGCCAUGGUAACCAAUGAUGUACAUAUAUCAUAAACACCACCACAGAUGAAGGAAAGAGGAGCAAUCAUCCAGUAUGCCUGAUGAUAAAAAAAUAUAUGUAACAAGAACACUUAACUGUUUCAUGAGGAGAAAUUGAAAAGCUGGUGUCACUGGUUGAACUGGAUGCUGUGUCAAAGUAGAAACCACCUGCUGGCUUCAUUGGCCUUUGGAUUUCUGGAUUAGUUGAUUACUUGAUCAAGCAUCCUACAGACAGGACACAGGAUUACAUUUCUAUUAAAAGAGACUGGUUACUCAGUCUUCUUUCAUGCGCUGUCCCCUGCUGUCAGUCAGCACAGCUAAGCGCUCCUGGACUGGACGCCUGAGAUGCCAGGCUGCGGGGAGCCUUGCAAGGUGUCGUCUUGCUGUGGUGGGAAUUUGACAGGUGAAUAAGAAAAGACCAGACCAGACAAGACCUGUCAAAUACCUGUCAACAAGCUCCCUCCCACCAAAUGUUUUGAUCCCUUUGAUGUGUGACAGACUUGAAACAGACAAAAAAAAAAAACUUAACAUCUCCUCUGAGGCUGAAUCAAGUGAUUGUAAUGAUGAAGUGUUUGUAAAUGAUUGUAUGUUGGUAGGGAGAAUUUAGGGCACAAAACUUGUAGAUAUGAGGGAGAGAUGAGGUGUUGGGGACAGAAAAUGAGACGGAUGUGGGUUUUGAUUUUGCAUGUUUUAUUGAUUGAGAUGUGUUUUGUGUUGAUGAGUUAAUAAGGGUCUCGGUAAGAACAGUGAACACACAAGAAAUUGAUGCUCUCAGCACAAGUCAUCUCCACUUGACCAUGACUGGAUUUACACUGGCACAAUAAAAAUCUGGCCUCUUUCUACCCAUACCUGAAUAAAAGGUUACUCCCUGCCACAUUUAUACAAUUACAGUUAAGGAUUCUCAGUCAACAAUUUUUACUUUCCAUUCCUUGAUGGAUGAGUAGUAGUAAAACUGAGUUUAAAAGCUCAAGAAUGUUGCAUUGCUUCUGUUCAAACUUAACCUCCUCAGGAAUCUUUGUGCACCCUCCCAAGAUUUAUGUGGUAGCAAGAAAGUCUGGAUCCAGGCUUUGGCAGACGUGAAGCACUCGUGGCUAUAUGAACUGUGAUAAACAGUAGUUUGGCCUGCUUGGACAGCAUGGAAAAGAUCAAAUCUGUGCCAGACAGUAUGAGUUAACUAUAUUUUCUCUUCCUCAGUAAAUCCAGCCAGUCUAGUCCCACUCACAAACAAAACAUACGCACACACAGAAGUAAAAACAUCUGCCGUCACUGCUAUCAAAACCUUUACACUGCUCCAAUGGCUCGGGGCCACCACCUGCACUUGACAUUAACUCUGCGAAUGCAGUCCGAUCUAAGUGAAAAAGACACACACCCUCGAAACAAAGAAGAGAGAUGCUGUAAAGCAUUUCAGUUCUGUUCUUCACUGAUCUCUACACCAUGUAAAUGUAAUCUGUUGUGACAAUAAAUCCAUUACCAAAAGAA